AUGAACCAAGGAACCCAGCUUGUCGACUCCUUUAAGUUGGUUUUGAUAGGUGAUUGCAAUAUAGGUAAGACAUGCAUGGUUGAAAAAUUAACAAAAGGGCAAAUUAACGAAAAUUAUAAGCCGACCAUCGGCGCGGGUCAUACUUGCUGGACUUGCACCAUUAACGAAGAUCAAGUAGACUUCCAAAUUUGGGAUACUGCAGGCGAAGAGCGUUUUGCAUCACUGGCCCCGAUGUAUUAUAAAGAUUCUGACGGUGCUAUUGUUGUUUUUUCACAGAUAGAUGCUCAAUCAGCUAAAAAUGUUCCAGUAUGGAUUGAAAGAUUUCAUUCUACUGUUAGUGAAUCUACGCCUAUAUUGAUUUGCUGCAAUAAGAUCGACUUAGAGCCAACCUACGAAAAUACAAUGGAACAAUAUGCUAAAUCACGUAAUUUUAUGUAUGCUAGAGCUUCAGCUUUUUCUGGUGAAGGUGUGGAAGAGGCGUUCUUACAGAUAGCAGAAAAGAUAAAGCAAUCAGCAUGUUCAGAUAGGUUCUUAAACAAAAGCCUUACAGAUGAGAAAAAGGAUAAGAAAUCAUGCUGCUAA